UCUGCAAAAAGCCUAACUGCGUACUCCACCUUCUUCUGUUAGCCUUUCUUUUCGUUAAAUUAUGUCGACACUCUCUGCUUAUUAUUCUUUCUCUCUCUCUCUGUGUAUCCAGCUAUGGAGAUAUAUUAUAGGAUGACAACGUCGGUCUUCGCUUUGAUUACGUCUUUCACAUCAACAACCUUUUCAUUUUUAUUAUCAUUAUUAAUACCCAGCCAUUUCCUUCCCAUCUUCCCAUGUUAUUCAUCGAGGAAUUUUGGGUGUUGCAGGUUUUCGAUUACCAUCGAUCAAAAUCUCAGGUUUUCUCAGCAUACUCAUUUUUGAAGAAUAUAUCGGAUUCAAUGGUUUCUGGCAACUGCAAAUCCGGUGACCUUGAAACUUGCCGUGAUGAUGCGGCGGCGUUUACCUUGAAAUUCGUUGCAAUAGCUUCCAUUCUCAUCGCUGGAAUUGUCGGAGUGGCUCUUCCUCUUGUCGGUAACCAUCGUCGAUUUUUACGCACCGACGGAAGCCUCUUUGUCGCUGCUAAAGCUUUUGCCGCUGGAGUAAUUCUGGCCACCGGUUUCGUGCACAUGUUAUCUGGAGGUUCCAAGGCUUUGAACGACCCGUGUUUGCCCGAUUACCCGUGGUCCAAGUUCCCGUUUUCCGGGUUUUUUGCCAUGAUGGCUGCUUUGCUGACGCUUCUCUUUGAUUUUGUGGGAACUCAGUAUUACGAGAGGAAACAGGGGCUGACCCGGACGACUGAGGAGAAGGGUCGGGUUGGAUCGGUUGAUGCUGCGUCGGAAUCGGAUAUUGUUCCGGUAGUUAGUAACAAGGGGCCGAAUGGGAAGGUGUUUGGUGAGGAGGACGGUGGUGGCAUGCACAUUGUGGGCAUGCAUGCGCACGCAGCGCAUCAUAGACAUAGCCACCCUCAUGGCCAGGACGCUUGUGAGGGACUCGCCACCGUCAAGGAUCAAGCCCAUGGACACGGUCACUCGCACGGGUUCGAUGAUGGAGAUGAGGAGACUGGGGUUCGGCACGUCGUCGUUUCCCAGGUUUUGGAGCUUGGAAUCGUAUCACACUCGAUUAUUAUUGGGAUUUCCCUUGGAGUUUCACACAGUCCGUGUACAAUAAGACCCUUAAUUGCAGCGUUAUCAUUCCAUCAGUUCUUUGAAGGGUUUGCACUUGGGGGCUGUAUCUCCCAAGCUCAAUUCAAGGCUUCAUCAGCUACACUAAUGGCAUGUUUUUUUGCCGUAACAACUCCAUUGGGGAUUGGCAUUGGUACUGGAGUUGCUUCGGUAUACAACCCUUACAGCUCUGGUGCACUGAUUGUCGAAGGCAUCCUAGAUUCAAUGUCAGCUGGAAUUCUAGUUUACAUGGCUUUGGUGGAUUUAAUUGCUGCUGAUUUUCUGAGUAAGAGGAUGAGUUGCAACUAUAGACUUCAAGUUGUAUCAUAUUUUAUGCUUUUUUUUGGAGCUGGAUUGAUGUCUUUGCUUGCAAUCUGGGCUUGAAGAUAUGAAAAUGAUAAAUAUAUCUUUUCUGGUUUGUUUUCUGGAAUUGUUUCAUUUUAGGUCAAUUAGUUUGAUCCUUAUAAAUUGUUUCCGGGGGAAGGGCAAGUGCCUGGUAGGAGAUAAAAGGAAAUGUAACUUGUUUUAGCCUUAUAAUGUGAUGAUGAAUUGAUGUAUCAUUAGAUAUAAAAAUCAUUUUCUGGUAAUAUUCAGAAUGCUGCCGAAAAGCACAGCAGAGCCCUCGAAGUUGGCUUGAUUACUAAA